UGACUCAGUCCCAAAUCUAUCAAAGAGAAGAAAACAAUGACGCAACCAUGCGGUUGCAUGCAUUGCCACCGUUUUUUGUAUGGUAGCUUGGGGCGGCAGCACUGAUUCUAUCCCAUUCAAGAAGAAAGGAAGGAAGGAAGGAAGGAAUCGAAUCAGAUGAAGUGGAAGCUGAUUGCUGUCAUAAAACAGACAAGAUGACCUCAUUCUCUUCUUUUCCUCUCCAACGCUGUGUGCUGGUGGCAGCAGCACUUCUCUGCCAUGGCACAACGGCAUUGUCGCUGUUGGGUCGCAAAUCCACGGCCAACCAAGUGCUCGCCUACCUCCAACAAAACGACCAAUUGGCCCCAUUUGUAUCUCAAGGUGGAACUGCUGUGAUCACCGGUGGUAACUCUGGAAUCGGAGCUGAAACAGUCAAGGCACUGGUGGCAUCCGGCAUGAACGUCGUUGUCUGCGCCCGCAAUAUCGAUUCGGCCAAUCAGCUCAAGGAUGAGCUAGGAACUGCCACCAAAGACCGAGUAGAGAUUGAAUAUCUCGACUUGUCAUCACUGGCAUCGGUCCAGGAGGCGGCAGCCUCCAUUUGCAGCAAACACGACGGUAUUGACGUGCUCAUCAACAAUGCUGGCAUUAUGGCUCUGCCACAACGAGAGACAACCACGGACGGUAUUGAGAAACAGUUUGGAACCAACCAUGUGGGGCAUCACUAUUUGACCAGGCUACUCUUGCCACAAAUGAGGAACAAAGGGAGGGUUGUCAAUGUCGCAUCCACGGCUCAUAACUUUGGCUUGAGUGCUGGUAAUGAAGAUUGGGAAUCCAAAGAGUCCUACACGCCAUGGGGAGCCUAUGGCACCUCCAAACUGUCCAACAUACUAUUUACGAAACAACUGAAAAAGGAACUCGUUUCAGUGAACCAAGGUAAAAUGAUUGACUCGGUGUGUCUCCAUCCUGGUGUUAUUGCAUCGCCACUAUGGAAGCAUAGCUUGCCAUCCUUCAUGCAACCCUUGGUUGGUCUUAUUGCCAACAAAUCAGUGGAGCAAGGAGCAGCCACAUCUGUGUACUGUGCACUCUCUCGCCAUGUCGAAGACGGGGCAUACUACGACGAUUGCAGCCCUGUGGAGCCGUCCCAGAAAGCACAAAGCGACCAGCUUCAAGAGGCACUUUGGAUGUACACAGAGCAGCUCCUGACAGAGAAAGGAUUCGAGCUCCCUUCAAGCUCGGUUGUGGCAGAGAACGUAGCGGCUGUAAACUAGUACAAGUGCCUGUGAUAUAUAUCUAAACUGGAAUUGAAUCCGAUUGGUUCAAAACCUUACUACGAGUAAUGACAACACUGGUUCGUGCACAAACACGCGAGCAAACAAACUGUAGGC